AUGACAUCUGAUCUAAACUCCAUAAACAUUCAAGCUUGCGUUAUCUCAAGCACAGAAGAAUUGGAUUGCUAUAACUGGAAGCCUUUUAUAGUAUCUCCCCUCAUAACCCUUAUGGAGCUCAAAUCUUUUUUACUCAAUAGCCUAAGCAUUUCUGAGGAUUGUGACCUAAAAGUCCUUACAGAAAUUCAGCAGGGCUCUUAUUGCUUUCAUUCCUUAUCUGAUAAUCAAUACCUUACAUUAGAAAAAGCUGGCAUCCAGAAUAACACAAAACUGUGCCUAGAAAUUAAAAAAUGUGAAAAUUAUGCUGCGUUACGCAUGAAUGAGUUUUAUAAUGAAGCUCCUAUCGAAACUUUUAUUGAUAUUUUAAACCAAAGUCAAUCAGAUUCCACAGAAAUUGUAUCAAGCUCGACUGAGGCGUAUCCGGACCAAGAAGAUUUUUAUAUAACAAGAUCGAUGUAUGAGCAGCAAAACUUUAUAAAUUCACAAGAGGAAUGCUUGCGUAGACCAGACCUCAGCAUUGUGAUAGAACAAAUCAAUAAUGCGUUGAAAGACAAAAAUAAAAUAAAAUUGCAAAUAUUCAUAUUAAGAUGGGCAGGCUGCCAUUAAUAAACAGCUAAUUGUUUUAAAAAAAAAACUAGACAAAUGAAUUAUUCUUUUAAAAAAGAUAUAAAGCCCUUAUCAAGCUUAAAGAAAAGCAUAAACCGAAUUAGUGAAGAAUUAAAUGAGUUAAAAAAAGUGUGAUAA